CGUACCAAGCAGCUGUAGACACAGGAGGGACGCGUACACACCAAGCGCUGGCUAGUCCUGUGUCAAACUACAACACGCCGGAGAACUCCACGUCACAUGGUUCUACUUUCCCGCCACAGUGACGUAUGAAUCCGCCCAGGAACUGCUUCCAGUGUAUCCUGUGCUGCACACAUGUGAUCCUGACACAUUGUGACACCAUUGCAAGCUUUUUCCCAAGGCUGAAUUGCAGCAGAAGACUUAUGCACAAUAGAAGCUGCCCUGCUUCCUGUGCCCACCGCCCUGACACCUCACAAGUGGGCAAUGCCAUCUUGAGCCAAAACCCUGCGACUGUCUUGUUGCUCAAUAACCACUCGGAUGAUCUGAGCCAGGAACCAUCGCCGUGCAGGAGCUGAAAUCUAGUUUACACUGGAACAACUUUAACAUCUGUCUCAAAGUUCAAGCCUUCGGAGCUGACACCACACUUCUGGACCCAGAAGACUCCUCACCGGAGAUUGUGGGCACAGAACGGUCACUUUGGACAACCUGGAGGACCUUCAGAGGUGAAACGCAGAAAAAAAAACCCUGACCCCUCAAGAAGGUGUUUAAGAAGAAAGCGGUGGCGGGGACAAACCACGCCAGGUUGCAGCAAUGGAUACACUCAACAUGGCCAUUGUGAAGAAAGCCAACGAGAUGGAGCAGCUGGGAGAGAUCCUUAUUAUUACUGAACAGCUGAGGCUGCGGCUGCACGAAGACAAGUUAAUAAAAGACAGGAGACACCGCAUGUGCACCUAUCCGAAUAGUUUUGUGGCCAGGGAAGCGGUGGAUUGGCUUAUCGAUCGCAAAGAGGCUGCAGACCGAACCAUAGCAAAGGAACUGAUGCAAAAAAUGAUCGAUCAUAACAGCAUUCACCACGUCUGUGACAAUUAUAAGGAAUUCAGAGACGCCAAGCUCUUCUUCCGAUUUAGAAAAGACGAUGGGACGUUUCCCCUGGUCCAGGAAGUGAAAGUGAUCAUGCGGGGACAGCGCCUUUAUGAGAAGGUGAUGAAUUCGGAGAACAGCCUGCUACAAGCCAGAGAAGAAGAUGGGGCUACAUAUGAACGCUCCUUUGUUGCCUCAGAGUUCAUAGACUGGCUGAUCCAAGAACAAGAGGCCGACAACCGCGAAGAGGCCGAGCAGCUGGGCCGGCGCCUUAUGGAACAUGCUGUAAUACAACACGUUUUAGGCCAAUACCACUUUGUGGACAGCAAUCUUCUAUACCAGUUCCGGCUGAACUUCAGGAGGAGACGAAAGCUCAUGGAACUUCUUGUUAAAAGACCCCAUGCCGUGGUAGAAAGUCAGGACAGUCCAUUUUGCCUUCGUAAACAGAACCAAGACACUACAAGCUUCCUCUCUGUGAGCCCCAGCACUGGAGAAAGAACUAUAUCGGCCUACAGGAGAAGUAGUUUGUGCGGCGGUGACAGUAGCGGAUACUUCAGUACUAGUCCCGUCCUCAGUUUCAAUAAUCCCAUAGCACUCUCCAAUCCUAAAUCAGUGUUAAAAAGGCCGGUUACACUGGAUGAACUGUUAGCCCCAGGAGCACCAUACAGAAGGAAACUGCUAACCAUCGUCAGUGAUCCCGUGGGCUGGGGAUUCGUGGUACGAGGAGAUAAGCCAUGUCACGUCCAGGCAGUGGACCCCAGUGGAGCAGCUGCUGCUUCUGGUGUAAAGGUCUGCCAAUUUGUGGUCUCUAUAAACGGCCGCAACGUCCUGCACAGCGACUUCAGAGCCAUCAGGAAUCUCAUCCUUACCGGCCCUCGGACUAUAAUCAUGGAGGUCAUGGAAGAGAUUAACCCAUGAGGGAUGCAGCUGAUGACCGAUGUUGUGUGGUCGGGUGACAAUCAAUCAACCAAAGCUAAAACGAGAAACUGGAUGCUCCUCCCGCACCCGAGUUGUCUUCAUUUUCUUGUCGCCGUUUUCCUCUUAGAGCCUCAUAAAUACAUUUUUAAAAACCCGCAACAACCUAAGUGGUAAAACUUGAAAAUGAUUGGGGAAGUGGAUAAGUCUAAACCUUGUUAUUCCUUUUCUUUGUUCUUGCAAUGAAUAAGCUGAGCUUAAACUUUUGCGUACUGUAAUUGUUAUAUGUGUGGUUAUCUAUAUUGUGUUGACCUGUUAUAGUUGUUACAUAUGUAGACAUAAAAAGAGUGAGAGGGAGAGCCAUAGGGAAUCACAGUGAUGUUAUUCAAUGUACACGUCUUAAAUGGUGAAGUACGACAACUGUUUCUUUCUUCCAGAAACAGCGCCGCCUCGGUGGCUGCUUGCAGUAUUGCAGCAUAGCAUAUUUACUUCAUUUGCCCUGAGCUGCAAUACCGGACACAGCCUAUGGAUAUGAGUGGGACGCUCUUUCUGUAAGAACGCAACCCCGUUCUUCUAACCUCACACAGUGUUUUCACUAUAGACCACAGUUUCCCAACCAGCGUGACUCCAGCUGUUGCAAACCUACAACUCCCAGCAUGCCCGGACAGCCGUUGGCUGUCCGGGCAUGCUGGGAAUUGUAGUUUUGUAACAGCUGGUGGCACGCUGGUUUGGAAACACUGCUUUAUAGACUAUAAAAAUGAAAAAAUAAAUAUAUGAAAAAAUAUAAAAAUAUAUAAUAUAUAAUCACAAAAUACUUGAAUCACACUGUGCACAAAUGAUUGUACUGUAGUAAAUUUGCUGAUUGAUUUUACACCCCCUAUUAUGUUUUGUUGCCAUGAAUACAUUUUGCAUAUGAUUGUAUAGUGGUAUAUUUUGUAUCCCGAUUUUUUUGUUUUUGCAUAAUAUAUAAAAAUGUAGAAAAUUAAGAUAUUUUAAAGGGAAAUUAAAGGGUUUUUAUAUGUGUGUUAAUACUAAAUAUGAGUUAAUUAGGCCAAAAAAUCUGGUCUUCUUUCUCUACAUAUACAAUACAUAAAUACAUUAUCUAUCUAAUAUUU